CUCCUUUACUUAGUCAGUUUUCGGAAUACUCUCAAAGUGAGUGUACCUAAUAAAGGGCGACUGCUUUCAAGCCAGGCGUUAGACAUUACUCGAAAGCCAACUGUCGCGGAACUUACAAAGAAAAAGGCGUUAAAUUAGAUAAAUUGAAAUAUAAAGACCUUUACAGUGAAUGAGAGAAAGAAAUUUAUUGCAGCGGUGCAAAAAAUUGUUAUAUACAAAAUGGAUUUAAUUUUACUUACUUGCUUCGCACUUUUAAUACUACUGUUCACCUAUCUACGACAUAGCUAUCAAUAUUGGGUGUCGCAUGGAGUGCCGCAGCUGAAAAUGAAUUUUCUUUUUGGCACCAUCUUCCAAAUAAAAACCAUACAUAAAAUGGAACUUUUGAACGAAGUCUACCGAGAGUUUCAUGGUAAAGCAAAAUUAGCAGGCACAUACGUUUUCACCAAACCGAUAGCUGUCAUAUUAGAUUUGGACUUGGUAAAGUGCAUAUUACUGAAAGAUUUCAACAAAUUUACGGAUCGCUUUGAACGACGUAAGAGCACUGACGAAUUUCUCCAUCAGCAUCUCUUUCGCGUCGCCGGUGAGAAGUGGCGACCAUUGCGCACGAAGCUAACACCGACCUUCACAUCGGCGAAAAUGAAGUAUAUGUUUUCCACGGUGAUAAAAGUGGCAGAUCAAUUGGAAGAGGCUUUCGCUGCACAUUUGACGGAGACGCCAAGUGGUGAUGUAGAACUACACGAUUUUAUGGGACGCUUUACAACCGAUGUGAUUGCUCAUUGUGCUUUUGGUGUUGAAUGUGAUAGCUUAAAAGAUCCGAAUGUCGAAUUUCGUCGCUUAGGAAUUGAUCACUUCUAUCCAAAUUAUUAUUCUGUAACUCUACGUACAUUUAUGAUCACAUACCCCGCAAUAUUCAAUUAUCUGAAAAUGUUCAAUAUCAGCCACUUUCCAAUAGGCGCGGAGGAUUUCGUACUUCGACUGGUGCGUGAUACAGUGUGUGUGCGUGAAGAGCAAAACAUACAACGUAAUGAUUUCAUUAAUCUGCUAAUUGAGAUGAAAAAUUCCAAAGACUUGAAUGGCGCGCCUCUACUAAGUAUGGAAGAGAUGGCGGCACAGGUGUUCAUAUUUUUUAUUGCUGGCUUCGAGACCAGCUCCAGUAAUAUAACGUUUGGGCUAUUUGAGUUAGCGAAGAAUCCACAAAUACAAGAGAAGUUGAGAGCGGAAAUUUUGACUGUUUUGGAGAAACAUAAUGGCGAGUUGACCUAUGAAGGAAUGAUGGAGAUGACAUAUUUAGAUCAAGUUAUAACAGAGACUCUUCGUAAAUAUCCACCACUCGCUGCUCUCACACGUGUCGCCACUGAUGAUUACAAAAUACCUGAUACGGAUAUCACACUUGAGAAGGGCACACACAUCUACAUACCAAUGAAAGAGAUACAUUACGAUCCGGAAAUCUAUGAGAAUCCAGAAGAAUUCCGCCCAGAGCGCUUCAACCCGGAAGAAGUGGAAAAACGUCAUCCACAAGCUUUCCUCAGUUUCGGCGAUGGACCACGUAACUGUAUUGGCCUACGCUUUGGACGUAUGCAAGUGCGAGUUGGUUUUAUAACGUUGCUCAAAUCUUAUCGCUUCAGCUUAUCGGAGAAGACACCAACAGAAUUAGAAGUUUCAAAAUAUAGUUUAGUACUCGUGCCACAGGACAAAGUGUGGUUGAAGGUAGAAAAAUUUUCAAAAUUAUGAUUGUGUAAGUAGUAACAUAUAUUAAGAUAAGAUAAGUGAGUUUUUUUUAAUAAAAAUUGAUUUUUAUCGGUGCAUAAAUGA